GCCGUCCAGAGCAACACAUUAAAGUAUCUGAACUAGCAAAACUCCGCGACCUUAUUAAAAAAACCAUCGAACAAGGUUACUUUGAUGACACAAAUAAAACUCCGGUUACAGCUGAACUGUUAGGUCGCGCAAUUGAAUCUGGUCUUCAAUCAAGUAUGACUGGGUUUGAUCAGUAUGGACCGUUCCAUAAUAAUGGACAUAUGCUGUUAGCAUUUAUUAAUUUUCAAAAUACCAAGGAACUCGACCGUGGUGUAAUGGGUGAUGUACGUGUCGCAUGUCGAGAUCCGGUUUUCUGGAAAUGGCAUAGACAUGUUGACGAUCUUUUUAGAAUGUAUCAAGAAAAGCUAGGACCAAAUCAUUUUAACGACUGUCCACCCGUACAAAUUUCAUCAGAUGGUAUCAUUCUCUGUUUCAAAGAUAAAAUACCAGGUAUUAAAGGAUUAAAGGAUCCCCAACAAGAUAUUGAAGCAACUAAAUGGGGAGAACAAACCUUUGGUGGACAUAAUUUCCAUAAAGAACAUGAUCGUCAAUCUACUAAUGAAUUGGAAACUAAGAUGAAACAAAGAAAACAUGCUUGGAUUGAAGAUGAUCAAUCUACUCAAAUAAUUGAAUAUCUUUUCCCACGAGAAUGUUUUAACGAAUGGAUCGAAAUCGACAAGUUUAAACAAGAGCUCCCGCCGAAAUGCGGAACCGUUGUUGCACGUGAUUGUGAUCGUUCGUCAGUGGUGAGACAACCACCACAAAAAACCAUAGAUGAAUUAGAUGAUACAGCAAUUGCGGCCAAUACGGAGGACCAAGAAUCUGAUGAAGAGCAAUACUGUGACUGUGGAUGGCCUUUCCAUCUGCUAUUACCUCGUGGUUCGCGUAAUGGAAUGAAGUUUAAAUUAUUUGUAUUUAUUAGCGAUUGGGAGAAAGAUAAAGUUCAUCAUGUUACUAGAUGUGGUAGCUUGAGUUUCUGUGGUGCAGAAAGACCAAAGGACAAAUAUCCUGAUGUACGUCCAAUGGGCUAUCCCUUUGAUCGUCCUUUCAAAGACUGUUCUUUCGAAAAG